UGGGGAUUUAUAUCCUGCUACUCUAGACAUUUUUUCAGGUCAUUUAACACAGUCUUGGUAAUGAGGAAGAAAAAGGACUUUGCUCACAAACGCUUCACACCGUGUGCAAGUCUUGUGAUACUGCGGAAAUGUCUCUGAUUGUCACAGGGAACAGACACUGACUGACAUCUGUAAGGUGAUAAAGCUAUUUGAAAACUUUGUGCUGCUGUGACGUGAUUGGUCAUGGAGUGGAAGAGUAACCUGAGACGCACCCAGUCACUGAGGAGCAUCCCCUCGCCGCGUGACAAGCCCACCUGGACACAGGCAGGGCUGCGGGACAAGGCAACAUCUGUAUCUCAGCUAGUUGCCAGGUAUCAAACCACAGUGGAAGUAAGCGCAGCUAUUCAAGAAACCUCGCUCAAUAAUGGUGAAGCAAAGCCAAAGCAGGUGUUCAAAGAGAUAACACCAUCUCUUCUGGAGAGUAAAGAGAGUCAUCUGGAGUCUCUGAUGAGGAGAAAUGAGGCGAGGGAACAGUCUCAAGACAAAACCAAUUUAACCCGCAGUAAGUCCAUGGGGAGCCUUCAAAGCAGCGCUGGGUCCACUGGGGCCCUGAAGGCUCUGUUUGAGUCGAAGGCAGCCACACCAAACAAGAUGAAGAGCAGUUUCAGAUCUGUAAGUUUCACGACACCUUACAAGGCAGCGGGCAUCAUGCCAGUGGUGAAUGGAGAGGUUGAAGAGGUAAAGAGCUCUGCAGUGCAACCGAAGAGCCAAAUUCCUGCUGAUGGUCCAGUCAGUGAUGCUAAAAUUGAUGCAAAAGAUCCUGUGAUUCGAAAGGUGGGGCAUCAGACCCUGAUGGAGAGGAGAAAAACAAUAGGGGGUAUUGAUUUUGAAACAAUUGCCUCCUCUCAAGCUGAUGAAAAGAGGAGAUCAAUUGCAGAUUUCAGAGAUAGCUCCUUCAUCCAAACCAAGGAGAAACUGUGUGUCUCGGUCAAAGCUAUGUCCGCUCUCUAUCUGUCCAAGGUGGUACCUCAGGAUUCAACACACAGCUUUUUAAAACCGGCACAAGGUCAGUUAUCUGAAUCUGGGAAAAGAGUCAAACCAGCCAAGAUGGCCGAAGACUACCAAAGAGGGAAAGAUGACCUCUCUCCACCGUCUUCAGCCAGACAUCAGCCAGCACCAGAAGACAUCUCUGGGGCACAUUUCCCACAGUUCAUGCCUUCCCAACUUUCGAAAGAAAAGCUAUACCAACAGCGGCAGAAAUGUGAGCUGAGAAGGCUCCUGAAGCACACUCACCCAGAGCUGAAGAUGUUAGAUGAAGUUGUGGAUGAAGAGCUUGCUGAGGUUUUGCGCUCAGAGCCUGGGCUGACAGCUGGUGAAACUGGAUACGAGGGAGAGGUCCUUUCAAGACGCUUGAUAUUUGAGAACUGUGCCCUGAGUAACAAAGUAUCUCCUUACACCUCUAAGAUGCACAAGGCAGAGGGAAUGGUGGAAAGAGACGAUGUCAGUAAAACAUUAGCUGUGUUUAAGGAACAUGAAGAGAGUCCUUGUAAUGAAAGUGAUAAAGAGAUCGUGGAGGAUGAGAAAACGCUUGGGUCUAGUUCAGAUCCUAAUAGAGAGUGUGAGGAAGAGAUGAUAAGAAUAGAUGUUAAGGCUACUAGAAGGUUAUUUGAGAGUAAAUCUGUUAACACAUCCAAACCUAAUCCAGAUAGGUUUGAGGCAAAAGUUUCUCUUUCUGGCGAUGAGACAGAGGCAGUCCAAAAACAAAAACAGGAUUUUGAAAUGUGUACCAAAGAGAAUCUGCAUAGCGAAAACAAAAGCAAUGUAUGUUCCACAAGUGUUGGCGUGACAGAUCAGGCCAAUAAACAAAGCCCAUGUGUUCAGAUCAUUGGUCAAAGCACUGACUAUGAGUUUUCUGGUAGGGAAGAAGUUUCUACAGGUGAAACAGUCUUUGAGGGUGAGCCUACAAGCCUUUCUGAUCCAGAAGAAUUUAGGAAAAUAAUCAAAACGAGUGCAGCUCUUUUCCAAAACAACCCAUUUAUCCCAACAAACAUAGAAAGAGAGAAAUCCUUUGUGCAUACAUCAAAAUCCCAAAGCCCAGCAGAAAACACUGGGGCAAUUCAGGACUAUCUGAUAGAUAAUGUCAAGAACAGAGCCCACUUGUUUGAAUCAAUGCCAUUUGACAAAAUUAGGCAUCAGGACAAGGACGAAAUUGAGGCGAUGGUGGAGAACAUCAAGGAAACACUGAAUUCUCUUUAUCAUGUCAAUGCCAUAAAUUCAGAUGGCUCAAUCAUUGAGGUGAAUGAGACAAUGAUAGCCAAAAAGGCCAAAUUCACACUAUCAGAGAGUGGGCCUAAAAUAAAAUAUGACGAGGUGGCUGAAGGUGGUGCACAAAACUUCCUUCUCCAGUUGCUACCACGAGCAAACCUAAAGCCUCAGAUCACUUACCUAAAGGAGGGUAGUAAAGGAAGCAUGGCAGCCACAGUGGUGAAUGUACCUGUGCACCAGCAUCACUUCACUACCAACCAAGAUACAGAAUUUAAAACUGCCAAUGUGGUUCAGCUUGUUGAGGAUAUUCUCAAUCAGGAUAACUCUCUGCGGAAGGGAGUGAUUAUCCAGGAGGAUGCAGACAGAUGUACUGAAGUCGUUGUUUACUCCCUCCACAGUUAUUUUGAUGAGUUUGAUGUAAAAAGUUAUUGUCCUCCGCAAGGUGCAGAGUAUGAUGAACCAGAGCCAGAAAGAGGUGAUGUGAGUAAAGCAGACUAUCAAGAACUAAGAAAAGGCAUUAUUGAAUCAACCAUAAGCUGCCUUCUAGAAACUCCCAAAGAUCAAACUUGCCAAGGAUCCAUAAGGCCUGAUGAUAUGCCCACAGUUAAAGGAAAUGUAAAAUUGUUUAAGAGUUGUAUUGAAAAAGGAGAUUUAGAGUAUUUGAAAACUCUUCAGGCUGAACCAACAGUGCAAGAACAAGAACUCACUCCUAACCAAAACGUGGCUGGACAAGGCCUUGAACUUCAUCAUGAACAGAGAGGUGAUCAAGUUGAGGAGAGUAAUUCAGAAUGGGUCCCAGUGGAUGUAAAGAGACUAAAAAAAAUGUUCUCUGGAGAUCAAAGACCAACCCAACUAAAGCAAAAUGUAUGUGAAAAUCUUGCUCAAUCUACCACCAUUUCUUGUGCAUUCACAGCUCAUAAUGUGUCACUUGGAAAGAGCCAGUCCUCUACAGAAUGCAUUCAUGUGCAAGUAAAUAAUAGCUGUACAACACAAGAAUUAAGUAACUCUAUACUUGCACCACAGGGAUCAUACCCACAUCUUGAGACACAGGACGAUGACAGGGUCCACCAGGCUGAAUUAGUCGAGGUGGUAGAUGACAAUGACGAGAUCUCUAACCUCCAAACUGCAAUACAUAGUCUCCAACGGACCACAAUCGAGGCCAAAUCUUUGCAUCACUCAUCACAAGAAAAACACAAAAUUCUUGUUCAAGAACCUGUUGUCUCAGUUACCUCAGGUGAUGUUAAACACUUAAGAACAGAAGCAGAAUUACCUCAAGAAAAUGAGGACCAGAAAAGGGACACAUGCACUGAGACAACAUGGGAUGAACUCCCAUCAACCUCAAACAUCACCUCAGAACAUAAAUCAUACUGCCAACACGAGGAUACAGAGACAUGCUGUGAAGACACUAAUUCUGAAGAAGUACAAACUAUUGAGACAUGCAGCAAAAUGGGUCAACAAGGCCCAGAGUUGGUGGAUGAGGAAGUUGUCUUUCAGGGUAAACUUCAAGCAGCUUUGGAUUCCCUGGAGAGAUCCAAUAUCAAUGUCAGUAGAGGAGAUUUCAGAGCAGCUAUGAUAUACAGAAGCGUGUCCAAACCUCACAAAGAAAGACCACAAAAUGUGGAUGCGAUAUCUGUGCAAAAGACGACUAAGGAGGAGUUUUGUCACGUGACUGAACCUAAAUCAACUCAAGCACCACUGAGACAUGAUGUCUCCAAAGAACAAGUGACUGCAGCAAAUGCGGAUCGCCCAAGGCAAAGUGAAACUCUAAAUAAACCAGCUACAAGCGCUGUCUCAGAGAAAAGCAGAAGGUCUGUUGGUCAAAAACCAGCCAUCCCACCUAAACCUGAGCAUUUAAAAGUGAAACAAAGAGACAUUCAAUCAAUCAACACAAAGAAUAUUGAGGCAAACCAAACUAAUACUGUGGAACCCAAAGAGACAGUUCCUCAACGAAUGGCAAUGACAUCGAUGUCACAUAAGGAUGAACUUAAGCAAGGCCUGUUCAAAAUUAACACUGGUGCAGACUCAGGGCCUGAUUCAGUGGAACAUCAAAGAAAUAAGCUUUUUGAUGACGCUACACAGAUGGCUAAGGAAAUUGAAGUAAGGCAUCAAGUCCCAGGUUCAGUCGUCAUCUUGGAAAGUGAUAACUCAGAUAAGAAUAUCAUUAAGCGACAACAGGAGAUAAAAGCCACAACAGAAGAGAAAAGCCCCCAGGAUUUCCCAAUCAAAGAGAAUAUGAAUGAAACAGAUGAAAGCCAUGUAGAUUUUCAUGAAGCAUGUAAGACAUUUGGAGGUAAAAAGGCAUUUUCAGCUAAAAAUGCUCCUGUAAAGCCAAAAAGAGUGAAAAUUGCCCAGCCUGAAAAUAAAAACCCCAAACACAUGUCUGGAGAUAAUUCCUCAAUUUUCACACAUGUGGUUGAGGAACCAAAACCAACUCUUACUGGUCCAUCGUGCAAUAACCCAAACACCUGUGGACAAGCUGCUGACAGCAAAGACAAGCACGAAAAAGAAAUUAAACAAGAAGGCAAAGUUGAGAUGAGGGGAAAGAAAGGACGAACUGAGACAGAGGAUGAACGCCGACAGCGUCUGUCAGUUCACAUGGAUGAGAUCUUAAGAGGAAACAUAACGGCAGCCAUGGAAAUCUUUGACAACUUACGAAAGCAAGAGGAACUUCAGAGUAUUCUUAGUCGAGUUGAGGAAGUUGAACAAGAUACGAGCGAGGUUGAUGUAAGGUCUCUGAGGGGAGUCUUUGAGAACGUCCCUGACUGGGUUGUCAGCUCGAACAAAAAGAAACAAAAAAAGACGAAAGUAGAAAACAAAGAAGAGAGAUUGCCAUUAACGAGAGACAACACUGAAAGCAAGUCUUCAAUGGCACAUGUUUUUGGAGAUCUUGAGCGAGCCAGUGAAGAAAUCAUGAAUCUAAAAGAACAGACUUUAGCCAGACUUAUGGACAUAGAGGAAGCCAUAAAGAAGGCUCUUUAUUCUGUCUCUACCUUGAAAUCUGACUCAGAUAUUGCUGGUUUAUCAUGCCUGUUCAAAGAGUCAUUAGGGACAGAGCAAGGAUCCCCAUCCUUUGGUAGUAUUAGCAAAAUUAGCAUUGGUUCAAGCAGAACAAAAUCACUGCAGACACUGGAAAACCCUACAAUACAGGGAAACACAGCUCUGCCAGUUAGCCAAGGUACAAGAAUUGAAGUAGCCCCUGCAAAACAACGAGCAAGUCCACCGUCUUCACCUGCCUUCAUCUCCAUCCAGUCUGCUGCUAAAAAGACGGAUAAGAAAGAGGUGCCUCCACCAAAGACCACAAUCUGCCAGACAUGUCAGCACAGCCCAAAGACAGAAGAGAAAUUCCUGACAACUAAAACGCUGACAUGCAACAGUCCUGCUCAAAACAGAAAAAGGGAUCCCAGAAAAGCAGGUCAAAAACAAUCCUCUUACAACCCAAAACGAGAGCUCAGUGUACUCGAGGUGCAGACUGACCCUGAGGGGAACAGUAUCAUGGGCACUAAGACAGUCACAGAGAAUUAUGAGAGGACUGAUGACCUUGGGAACCGGUUUUACUCUUCCAAAACUUCCACUGUUGUCACUGCUCAGCCAGAUACUACAACAUCCACAAGUCAGGCAGUGGUCAGUCCAGCUAUGUAUCAGGUCACCAAGUACCCAGAAGUUCUGCUGCCGAUCAAUCAGAAACCUUAAAUCAUUCAAAGACUGGUGCAGUUUGUUACCUAUUAGCUAAGUGUUUUCAUAUGUUGAAUAUUAAUUUGUUAUGUAAAAAUGGACUAUGGGGAGAAAGUGGAACUACAAUUCCAGGAGGACAACCCCAGAAGCAUGUGGCAAGGUCUAACAACUUUAGAACAGAUCAUCACCAUAGUUCCCUCCAGGAUCGUCACAAACCUCAAGGACCUGGGAUUGAACCUGUGCAUGCAGAACCCAUGUGGUGAGGGUGGGCAGACACACCUCUUCCACCCUCAUCAUUGACACCGGAGCACCCCAGGGCUGUGUUUUGAGUCCCCUGCUGUAUUCUCUCUACACGCACGACUGUGUAGCCACUUUCGACUCCAACACCCUUCUUAAGUUUGCUGACGGCACAGCUUUGGAAAAGGCCUACCUGAAAGAAGUUAAGAACAUGACCCGCUGGUGUCAGGGCAACAACGUACUCAUGAAUGUCAGCAAGACUAAAAAGAUGAUAAUGGAAGAAGCAGGGAAGGAACUACGUCCCCCUUAAUAUCAACAGGUCCUCUGGAGAGGGUGGACAGUCUUGAAUUGUAAAAACCUGACAGGAUUACAUUUAACUGAAAUUUAAUUUAAUAUAAUUUCAUGUGACAAAUAAAAGUAUUUAUUGAUU